AGGAAGGAAAAAGUUGUUGGACACAGUGUGCAAAAGUCUGCCAUGAAGCAGAAAGACAAAGCGAAAGUCAAAUUUUCCCGCAAGUGUGUCAAUUGUUCUAGUUCUGUUAGGAAAUCCACUGCAGAAACAAUGGCUGUGAAAGAGGAAUGCUGGACCCGAGUCGUUGAAAAUCCUGUUAAGCUGAGAAACAAUGUGUUGGGUAUUCCAAGAGAUGUGAUUCGUGCAUGUAUAUCCGGGAAGAUUCCAAGAAUUGUCUUGAUUGAUCGCAACACUGGCGUUCCGUACUACUGCGAGAUGGUAAAGAGGGCAGGUACUAUAGAUAGGUAUAUAUUCGGUGGAUGGUCUGACUUUUGUAAAGAGCGCAACCUACAGAAGGGAGACACAUUGCGGUUCUCCAUUAAAUAUCCUCCGGUGGACUCGAUAUUGGUGACCGUAGAGCGUGGAAGAGCCUAGGGAAAGACCUGUUAAGACAUAUGACGUGUGUUGCUGUCGUAGCUAAAGUCAUAAUCUGCAAUUAUGUAUGUUUUAUUGUUAAGUUUUCUGGACAGUUGCAAUGUUUUGG